AUGUCCCGGCUGCUGCAAGGUGACUCAUGCCCACUCAAGGAGAUGCCCUCUAACAUGGGCUUGCUUACCAGAGACUAUCCACAAGAAACUACAGACCCCCGAGCUUGGCUGUCCGUGCAAAGCCCACACCCAGACUACCUGCUUCACACCACAGCCAGGGCAGGGCUGGGGGCAGAAGAGGAUGAUAAGGAAGAGUUGGUUGAUGAUGAGGAUGAGCUGUGCAGCCAGCGGGCACCAGGCGGUAAAGGUCCUCAUGGGGUGCAGAAGCAGAGGAGACUGGCUGCCAAUGCCCGGGAGAAGAGGAGAAUGCAUGGGCUGAGCCACACGUUUGACCAGAUUCACAAUGUCAUCCCCUCUUUCAACAACGACAAGAAACUGUCCAAAUACGAGACUCUGCAAAUGGUCCAGAUCCAACAUUACAAGCCAAGAAUGUGCAUGUGUGUCUCAUGA